AUGGCACCCCAAACGAAUUGGGAUCCUGUUCUUCUUAUAUCUCAGAUUCUAUCAAUGCAAACGUUACACUACCUAACACUAUCCAUCAUAAUCCCUCCCCUCCUAAGCCUAUUCGCAGACCCAACAUCACUAAACUACGAAGGUGGCCCUGCUAACGUCGGCAUGAUAAUGGACUGGCGAGAAAUGGCAGGCCGACCCACUGUACGAGGAACAUACGGCGGGGAACGCUGGACGUCAUACACCCAAUGGGCCUGGAGCGGUGGUAAGAAAGUCGGGUAUGGGUGGGAAGAAGAUCGGUGGGAUGGGCGGACGGACCCUAUGAGGGGGUGGAUCAUCGCUGGGUGUUGGUUGGUUGCUUGUUCUGCCGACAUAUACUACCUAUACACCCUAAUCCGGCGCCCCCGCCUCAUCCUCGACUUCGCACUGACACUGGUAUUCAACCACCUAGUACUAACGACGUACUACUCCGCCACGCUACCCACCUCUUUCUUUUUUUGGCUCGUCUUGUUUGGCGGGUCGGCGGUGAUGGUGGUGGUGGCUGAGCAGCUGUGCGUGAAGAGGGAGAUGAGGGAGGGGUUGAGUGUGGUUAAUGUGCGGCCUGAUCCGGAGGAUGUGGAGGUGGAUGAGAUGGAGAUGGGGGGGCUGUUGUCGAGGAGGGAUUGA